AUGGAUCCAAAAAUGUUGUUUUGUUUACCAGAAGGAGAUGCAUUGUUUAAUCCACUCAAUACAAUGUUUAUNCAGAUGGCUUGCAUUCUCGUCUUCUCUCAGUUCUUCUAUCUCUUCCUUAAAUCCUGUGGCCAAGCUGGUCCUGUUGCACAGAUUCUCGCAGGGAUUGUUUUGAGUUUGCUCACAAUAAUCAAAAAAGUCCACGAGUUCUUCCUCCAAAAAGACUCAGCAAGCUAUUACAUAUUUUUCUCAUUCCUUUUACGAACAUGUUUCAUGUUCUUGAUCGGUCUCGAGAUCGAUCUUGACUUCAUGAAACGAAACUUGAAGAAAUCCAUUGCCAUAACUUUGGGCUCAUUAGUCUCCUGUGCCAUCAUCUGGCUCGGUUUCCUCUGGUUUCUCAUCCGUUUCCUUCAUAUCAAAAACGAUUUCUUAACGUUGUACUUAGCCUUCCUCGUUACCUUGUCCAACACGGCAUCUCCCGUUGUCAUUCGUUCCAUCAUCGAUUGGAAACUCCACACAUCUGAGAUCGGACGGCUAGCAAUCUCGUGUGGAUUACUAAUCGAGAUAACCAACAUCUUCGUCUACACUUUCGUCAUUUCUUUCAUCUCCGGGACUAUGUUCCGCGAUAUCUUUCUUUACGCAUUUGUCACCAUAGUUAUAAUCUUGAUCAAUAGGUUCUUAGCUUCAUGGCUCCCAAAAAGACACCCUAAAGAGAAAUACCUAAACAAAGCCGAAACGCUUGCUUUCUUCAUCAUUAUUCUAAUCAUUGCGUUAACCAUCGAAUCUAGCAACAUAAACUCAACGGUUUUCGUGUUUUUCAUCGGACUAAUGUUUCCGAGAGAAGGAAAAACUUACAGAACGUUGAUCCAACGGCUGAGUUAUCCGAUUCACGAGUUUGUUCUUCCGGUUUACUUCGGUUACAUCGGGUUUAGAUUCAGCGUCCACUCGCUAACAAAGCGCCAUUACUUCAUCCUCGGUAUGACAGUGGCUCUAAGCUUUACAGGGAAGCUUCUAGGAGUGUUACUCGCUUGUUCAUGCCUUAAGAUCCCAAAGAAGUAUUGGCUUUUCUUGUCUACCAUUCUUUCCGUCAAAGGUCAUGUCGGCCUUGUUCUUCUCGACUCUAACGUGACUUACAAGAGAUGGUUUACUCCGAUAAUUCAUGAUAUGUUCGUUGCGUCUCUGGUGAUCACCACUUUGUUAAGCGGAGUGAUAUCGUCUUUAUUGCUUAAAGCGCAAGAAAAGGGUUUCGCACACCAAAAAACAUCGCUUGAGUUCCAAGGUACUAAAGAGGAGCUACGAGUGUUGACUUGCGUCUACGGUGUUCGUCAUGCUCGUGGAUCGAUCUCUCUGGUCUCUGCUCUAAGUGGAGCUUCUUCUUCGCCGUUCACGCCUUAUCUUAUGCACCUCAUACCGCUCUCGAAGAAGCGGAAGUCGGAACUGUUAAAAAUCAUGAUCCGGCAAGUGAAACUGGUGGCGCAGAUAAAGAAAAUGCACGAAGAGAUAUGCGACGCCUCUGAAGAUCUUCGCGCAUCGAUCGUGUUUCUUCCGUUCCAUAAACACCAGAGGAUCGACGGGAAAUCCACAAACGACGGGGAAGUUUUCCGUCAUAUGAAUCAGAAGGUCCUAAAGCAAGCUCAGUGUUCGAUCGGUAUCUUUGUGGACAGAAACAUAACCGGGUUCCGCCAGCUUAACGGGUCUGAUUCAAUACAACACGUUGCGGCAUUGUUCUUCGGUGGUCCUGAUGAUCGUGAGGCUCUGUCUUUGUGCAAGUGGCUUACCAGUAACCCUCAGAUUCACUUCACUAUCAUACAGUUUAUCGCGGAUGAAUCAAAGAUAGAGAAACUUGUUGGAGACGCCGUGACCAAAGAGAACAACGAAGUUUUCUUGGAGAUUGUUUGUAACGAUCAAACCGAAGACGAAACUGAUCGAACCUUCUUAGAGGAAUUCUACAACAGAUUUGUAACGACGGGGCAAGUUGGAUUCAUAGAGAAACGUGUGAGCAGCGGAUUUCAAACACUGACGAUCCUGAGAGAGAUCGGAGAGAUGUAUUCGCUGUUUGUGGUUGGAAAACACAGAGGAGAUUGUCAAAUGACGUCGGGAAUGAACGAUUGGGAAGAGUGUCCGGAAUUAGGAACGGUCGGAGAUUUCUUGGCUUCAUCAAAUAUGGAUGUAAAUGCUUCUGUGUUAGUAGUUCAGAGACAUAGACACUCAUUUGAUAGUUUUGUAGAUGAAUAG